GUGGAUGAAGAGAACAAUGACACGAACUGAACAGGAGGUGACCUUCGGACUGUGCUGUUUUUUCUGUCCUCUGUAACUUUCGGGUCGAAUGACAUAACAUGUAACUAAGAUUAAGAACGUUUUCAGUAUUUUGUACAGUAUUUUGCCAUUCAUUGAUUACCAAGUUUGGACAAUACAUGGAGAGGGGCGAGUUGUCGUCCCUGGCAGGAGUGGAGUUUGGCCAGGAGAGGGGCGAGUUGAAGUCCCCGGCAGGAGUGGAGUUUCAUUUGGCCAGGAGAGGGGCGAGUUGUAGUCCCCGGCAGGAGUGGAGUUUCAUUUGGCCAGGAGAGGGGCGAGUUGUAGUCCCCGGCAGGAGUGGAGUUUCAUUUGGCCAGGAGAGGGGCGAGUUGUAGUCCCCGGCAGGAGUGGAGUUUCAUUUGACCAGGAGAGGGGCGAGUUGUAGUCCCCGGCAGGAGUGGAGUUUCAUUUGACCAGGAGAGGGUGAGUUGAAGUCCCCGGCAGGAGUGGAGUUUCAUUUGGCCAGGAGAGGGGCGAGUUGAAGUCCCCGGCAGGAGUGGAGUGGACUGGUCGGUUGAUUAAAAUUAGGCCUAGGACCUCAUUGAUUCGGUAGGCAUCAGGUAAACAAAUGUGGAACCAAGGAAAGUGUAUUUCAGACUACUCAAGUGAGGGGUCCUCCUACAACACCAGACACAAGAGGUAAAGUAAAAGAAGAUAGAAGAAGGUGGCAGAACUCUUCCCAUAAUCAUGAUUUCACAGAAGCCACAACCUUCACAGUAACUGAAGUGACAUUAAACUGCAGUUGGAUUUAGUGACUCUACCUGGAAAACCAUGGAUGCGUUUGAGGGUCUCCACAGUGUCCAGCUGUCCUCCUCUCCACCCCUUGCCUCUGCCACCAACCCAGGGUAUGAGGUUCUAGUAUCCGCCAGAUCUGGUAUCCAGGUAUACUCCAACACCAUGUUCUAUGGUAAACCCAGUGUUCUAGAGCAGGCUCAGAAGAGAGGGAGAGCCAAAUAUCACUCCCACCGAGAGGAGACAAAAGAAGAGAGGUGUGAGGUUGGAAGGUUGGUAGACCUGGAGCCAGGUCCAAUCCCCAGGGUGGAGGGUGGAGGGCAGGGUGACCCCAGGCCCGCCAGGCCCCAGGAGCAGGGUACCCAGGCCAGGGGCAGAGAGGGCAGCAGGCUGGAGCGUGCUGCCCAGCUGGAGGGUGCCCGGGGCGGGGAGCAUGAAGACAAUGUGUCCCGCCUCCGGAGCUCUUCCCUGGAGAUCAGAGAGAAGGGAUCAGAGAUCCUCAGAGAGCAGCUAGAUGCUGCACAGAAGGAGCUGAAGCUGAAGGAUAAGGAGUGUGAGCGUCUGUCACAGAUCCGGGAUCAACUAGAGCAGGAGCUGGAGGAGCUAACUGCCAGUCUGUUUGAGGAAGCUCACAGGAUGGUGCGUGAAGCCAACGUGAAACAAGCAGCAGCAGAGAAACAGCUGAAGGAGGCUCAGGACAAGAGUGAUGUCCUGCAGGCGGAGGUGUCCGCCCUGAAGACCAUGGUCCUGACAUCCACCCCGUCUUCCCCCAACCGCCAGGCCCACCCUCAGCUCCUCUCCCCGGGCACUAGGUCCAGGGGUGCCAGCCCCCACCAUGGAGGAGGGCACACACGCAACAAGAGUGCCAGUGGUGCCCUCCCAUUGGGCCCUGGUGGGCACUCAGACCUGCCCUCUGACCUGCAACCAGUCAGAGAGGACAAAGAGAUGGACAACAUUCUGUAUGCAGAGUUCUUGACCUGGAGAAACAGACCUAGUCUGGACAGAAGUUCAGCCUUCCUGGUGCGGAUAUACAGGGAGGACAUCAGCCCCUGCCUCUCCUUCACACGAUCUGAGUUGUCUCAGUCAGUACAGAGUGCAGUGGAGAACAACUCUUUAACCAUCGAGCCGGUGGCCAUGUCAGCUUUACCCAUGGUCAAAGCCAACGCCAUAGAGUGUGGCGGGCCCAAUGGCUUGAAGGCAGCAGUAGAGACGAAGUGUGCGUUGAGCGGCAUAUCCCGGUCCUGUAAGCACCAAAUCAAACUGGGUGACGAAGAGAGUUACUACUAUAUCUCUCCCUCCAGCAGGGCACGGGUACCUAGCAACCAUAUCGCAACCGUGUGUAACUUCUUCACCUAUAUCCGUUAUAUUCAGCAGGGCCUGGUCAGACAUGACGCUGAGCAGAUGUUCUGGGAGGUGACACGUCUACGGAGGGAGAUGACUGUGGCCAAGCUGGGCUUCUACCUCACAGACCAGGAAUAGGAGGACAGAUGGGAGGAGAUGUCACAGUAGACCUAGGUCGUGUUUAUUAGGGCACACCGUAGCAAAACGUUUCAAAAUGUUGCGCAACGGACAAUGAAAAUUAGCUCAUUUCUUCCUCUUCGUGCCCAGUGAACACGGCCCAGGGCUAGAAGACAGGAGUCACCAAUCAACUGUACAGAGACACAGUACGAUUUGAGAGUCAGAUCACCUGUACCGGUUUCACACUGUCGGGACAACCCAAACCGAACUGGGCUGGUUUGGCUCAGUUCAGUUUGGCUCAGCAGUGUGAAAAGCCCUCAGGAGGACAUGCAGGACCCAGAAACCGGAUGGAGCCCUCAGGAGAACUAUGCUGCCCACUUUUCAUUCACACAGUGCCAUAUACCCUCCAGUACUGCUGCAUUACCCCUAGGUGUUGUCUCCUGUCACCUUAGAACCACCGUUGUCUCCUGUCACCUUAGAACCACCGUUGUCUCCUCUCUCCUUAGAACCACCGUUGUCUCCUCUCUCCUUAGAACCACCGUUGUCUCCUGUCACCUUAGAACCACCGUUGUCUCCUCUCUCCUUAGAACCACCGUUGUCUCCUCUCUCCUUAGAACCACCGUUGUCUCCAGUCACCUUAGAACCACCGUUGUCUCCUCUCUCCGUAGAACCAUUGCAGCAAACCAGACCACCUCUUACUUUGCCUUAACCUUGAUAGAUUCUUGCACUACAUUGUAAAUGCCUUGCAUGGCUUAUUCACGAGAAUACAUCUGUAGUUAGAAUGGGUUAUAGAAGUGCAGGGAUUCACUCCGCAGAUUUCUAAGUGCGGAUAAAGACAACAGCUGCCUUUAGGCUGUUCAGUCCUAACCAGUUCAGAAAUAGUGUGUUACAUUCAGGUACUUCAGUUAAAUAAAAAAGAAAUUAAAAAAAGAAAUCAGAUUCACUUUAUUUGCCAAGAACAUUUACACGUACCCAGAAUUUUACUUGGUGAAUAGGAGCUGCCAAUUGCAGUUACACGGUGCCAGAAUUAAUAAAAGUCCUGAACGAAAAGCCUAUUCGCUCUUCUCAAAUAUCCUCGUCUUCAUUCGGGAUGCUGUGACAGUUUUAGCAAUGACUAUCCUAGAAAUAGGAGGUUACAGGUCAUUUUGUUAUUUAACGUAAUGGGAUGAUAAACCAACCAUGGAUGAUUUAAGCAAUACGUUGUUUCUCCCUAACACUCCCAAUGUAUUCACUUUUUAAAUGACUAUCUAGUUGGGAAAUAUAAUCGUUUUAAAAUGGCAGUUGUAGUUUCACUCCUGUAACAUGUCAUGUAAAAUUCUCUACUAUUUUGUAUAAUAAUAAUAAUAUAUAAGCCAUACAUGACCAAAUAAUGUGUAGCUUUGCACGGAUACAUAGCCAUAUACUGUAGUGUGUAUUAGCCAUACCUUGCAUGAAAAGCCUUAUCAAACUAAAUGAACACUAUUCAUGUCUGAACGUGCAAUAGUAACUGCUUUCCUCUCAGGCUGCGUUUACACAGGCAGCUCGAUUCUGAUCUUUUGUCCACUAAUUGGUCGUGGUAUUUAUUAGGAUCCCCUUUUAGUCGCUGCAAAAGCAUCAGCUACUCUUCCUGGGGUCCACAGGAAACAAUAGAUAGUACGGAAAGAACAUUAUUAGUCGAGGACUGAAAUACAUACAUUUAAAAUGUCACACAUAGCCUUCAUAUGAGUACAUACACACAGUAUCACGGUCUAAUGCAUAGUACAGUGCAGAUUACAAUACGAGAUAUAUCAAAAUGUCUGUCUCUUCACAGUCCUCGUCAUUCCAUAAGGUGUUCUUCUAUCUGGUUUGUUUUAUCUGUUUUUAGUGCUAGCUUGAGUUACCUGGGGUGGCAGAGAGUUCCAUGUAGUCAUGGACUCUAUU